GUUUCAUUUCCCUCCAUUCCAAAACAGAAAGAGCGCCAGAAAAGAAAAAUCCCAGAAAUCGAAACUCGAAGAAGCAAAUGGCAACGGAUCGCGUACUGUGUGGUAGCAGCAGCGAAAUCGAAAGAGGAGAAGAACAAGAAGAACAACAACAAGAACAUGACUCCGAAGCGAAGCUCUUGCACGAUAGGUUCAGACUCUCCGCCAUCUCCAUCGCCGAAUCCGAAGCAAGUAAGAACGGCAUGGAAAUAUCUAAAGUACUAGUCUCUUGCAUCGCUGAUUUGGCAUACAAAUUCACCGAGGGGCUAGCCAAGGAUCUUCAGCUAUUUGCACAGCAUGCAAAUCGUAAAUGUGUGAACAUGGAAGAUGUCAUACUUUCUGCACAUCGAAAUGAACAUGUGUCUAGCUAUUUGAGGACAUUCUCCAACGAUUUAAAAGCGAGAGAUCCUUCAUCUGAGAGGAAGAGAAAGAAAGAAGCCAAGAAGAAUGAUAAAGCAACCAUCUAAUGCACACGUCUGAUAUAAAUAUAUAGUACGUUGAACAUAUUUGGUAUUCUUUUUUUAAAUCUUGGCCUCAAAUUUUACAUAAUUUUGGUACUCUAUCUCUUUCCUCUACAUGUUCUUGUUCUUG